AAUGCCAAACACAGCCUUAGGAGUAUAGAACAUGUGAGUGGUUGAUAGCUUUAACCAAUAGCCAGUCUCGGUCAAGAGAGAAAACUGUCUUCUGUACAAAUUUUGCACACCUUCGUCUCUUCCAUCUCUCAAUUCUUCAAUUUCAUUCCUCUCAUUCUCUCACUCACCCAAAAGCUUUUAAAUUAGGGUUUUCGAUGCUCUCUCUAACUUGCUCUAUUCUCUUCAAUCAUCGCGAAUUGUAACUCAAGGUGUUAGUGGUGAUGAUGAGUUUUGAAAAGGCAUAACUUGGAAUUUAUUUUUUAAGUAGUAAUUCGAGGUUUAAAAGCUAAAUGGCUCGGAAGGGUAAUCAACAGAAGAAUGGAUUGAACCACAGGAAAGGGGUUUCUGGCGGUGUCCUUCCGGGUAUGAAAGGUCAUGAAGGAGGGCAAGCGAAGGUUUUUCCGGGGGAGGAACUUGCAAAUGGCGACCGUGGUCUUUCACAGAAAGUGUGUGAGACUAGUUCUGCUGGUGAUGAAGAUAACAGUGAGCGAAAAUCUGAGAAAUUUUCUCGGAAAGAUAAGCAAGGGAUGAGUGCUAAGCAUGAUCUUGAGGAAUCAUUGUUCUUUGGGAAUGGUAGUGUGAAAGCUGAAGUUCCAACACAAGAAGUAAAUCAGACUUUGCCUAGAAGUAAUCAAGCUCAACAGAGUAUGAAGAGUAGAUUGAACCAUUUACUUGAAGGUUUACAGUUGAGAAGUAUGAUAGAAAAUGCGGAGCUUGCUGAUCAUGUGAUUAUUAGGAGAUUAAGAUUGUUGGCAUUUUCCAUUUUUACAGCAGUUAACGAGUGGCUAACCAAGCAGAAGCCAUUAUUUGUAUCUAUUAGAACCAUCGUUUUAGAAGCUUGUGCAAAUUUCAGAACAAAAUUUAAGCAGGUGUAUCCUGUUGUUCUGACUUGGCUCAUGCACUUUGGGAACAUAAUCCUUCUAUUAUCACUGUUUUGGUUGGACUGUGCCUUUCGGGGUAUGGAUUCAUUUGUGCGAAUGGGUACGACGUCCUUCUUCUCUGUUAUAUGGUGCAGCAUAUUCUCCGUGGUUAGUAUGAUAGGGAUGCUCAAGUUUAUGGUUGUCCUGGGCCUGGCUACCUUGGUUGGAUUUUAUGUUGGGUUCGUGCUUGCAACUUUAGUAGUCGCAAUCCUUGGAGUUGUUAUGUUAUGGUUUUAUGGUAGCUUUUGGACAACAACUUUUUUCAUCAUCCUUGGAGGAUUGGCAUUUUUGUUACGUCAUGAACGUGUGGCACUACUUGUCACCACGGUGUAUUCAGUCUAUUCUGCUUGGCUGUACGUUGGGUGGCUUCGUUUGUUCUUGGCUUUUAAUUUAGCUUUCAUCUCAAGUGAUGUUUUGAUAUACUUCCUCAAGAAAAACAUAGAUCAACAGAGUGGAUCCAAUCCAUUUGAACAAAGAUCUGGAAUGCACAGUCAACCAGGUUUCGGAAGUGAUGAACCAACGUCGGCUUCUUCCUUUGAAAAUGGAUCAGGACCAUCUGCAGAUCGUAAUGCAGGAGUCCCUUCGACUAGUGGGGUUGAUUCAGAUGUAACUUCUGAAGAUGAAGUUGUUCGAUUGUUGAACAGCUCUGAUCACUAUUCAGCACUAGGCUUGACGCGCUAUCAAAAUAUAGAUGUUUCAGUACUGAAGCGGGAAUAUAGAAAGAAGGCAAUGUUGGUACAUCCUGAUAAAAAUAUGGGUAAUGAAAAGGCUGUAGAAGCCUUUAAGAAACUUCAAAAUGCAUAUGAGAUUCUAAUGGAUUCCUUGAAGCGAAAAGCUUAUGAUGAUGAGCUAAGGAGAGAAGAGCUUCUUAGUGUAUUUAACAGAUUUCAUAAUGCUCCCCGCAGGAAUAGUAGGCAUGGAUUUUUUUCUUCUGGAUUUGCGCAGCCAGAUGUAGAUGGUGAGGACCCAUUUGGUGAUUCAAGGCGAAUAGCUUGCAAGAGAUGUGGUGGCUUUCAUCUCUGGAUACACACCAAGAAACAAAAGUCUCGGGCAAGAUGGUGCCAGGAUUGCCAAGAUUUUCACCAAGCCAAGGAUGGUGAUGGAUGGGUUGAACAAUCUUCUCAACCAUUUCUUUUUGGCUUAAUGCAAAAGGUAGAUGCUCCUUUUGCUUACGUGUGUGCGGAUAGCAAAAUUUACAAUGCCACUGAAUGGUAUAUCUGUCAGGGUAUGAGAUGUCCAGCAAAUACUCAUAAGCCAAGUUUUCAUGUGAACACCAGUAUAAUGUCCAAGAAUAAUUCUGGCAAAGGAACCAGCUCUUCAAGUCAAAGAGGCGGGCGAGUGCCGAACCCUAAUAUCCCAACACCUAAUUUUGAAGAACCUAUGACUGAGGAAGAAUUUGUCGAGUGGUUACAGAAUGCAGUACAAUCAGGCGUGUUUGACAAUGUCAAUGGCGGCACUGCCCCAGAGAGCCCAUCCGCCAAAUCCGGAAAUGGAACGAAAAAUCCAGGCACCGGCAGUGGCGUCGGUAGCGGCAGCAAAAGAAAGAAAAAAGGGAAAAAAUGGUGAUUAAUUAAAACAGAUGAUGGUUAAACAUAAUGGUAACGUUGCCUUGUGCACUAUGAAGGCUUGAAAAAGCAUUAGUUUCAGAGUUGAUAUCUGUUAUUGAUGCGUCAAAAUAGAGUUUGGAGCUCACUGUAUAGCCCUAUUUUCCUAAUCCCAAGUAUUUUUUUUUGUUGUCCCAUAAUUUUGUUUUUUCAUCACCUUUAGGCUCCAAAAUUCAGCCUUGUGGCAAUGAUCCUUCUGCUUAUGAUUUUCUAAGUCAAAGUGCAAUCUUUAGCAGAUGGGUCUUGGUAAAUUUCAUGCAUGGGUCAUGAUAUCUAUCUACCAAGGAAUGUUUUACAAAUAUUAAUUUUA